GCUUGUUAGUCUGCCAUGUUGCUUCACACCGGGCCCUCAGGCUGCUCGUCUCACAUUCCUCCAUGUUCCUCUGCUCCCACACGGAGCUGCUGAUUGGACAGAGGGGGAGAUCGAGCUCAUACCUGACAGGUGGUGAACGCUGCCGCCGUGUUAUUGGCUGAGAGGAGUUAAAUGGGAGUACUGGGACUCCUCCUACUUCCUUUACUCUACUCAAAAAGCAGCUGAGGAGCCAAAAGAGAAGGGAAUAUACAGACGGAUCAAACACGUCUCACAGGAGUUUAACAGCUGAUUCAUCACAGGUAGGAAACGUUUCCUCUGUUUAUGAUCUGAACACACAUGUGACGGUGUGUAACCAUGUUUCUUUCCUUCUUUUAAAACUAUAAAACUCUAAGUAAACUCUAAGACAUGCUAUAAAACUCUAAGUAGACUCAGAAAAACUCAUCUUUGCAUCUCCAGCAUCAGUUUUACAUGCUGCUUUGUUUGUCAUCUGAACUCUGUGACCUGAAUCGAGACGUAGAAAGAGAAACUAUCAACCGUUAGUGUUUUUAGCUCCUGAGAGGAGAUGUGAAUGAAAUGAAAAAUCUAUCUUUUCUUCUUAAACAUGAAGGUUUUUGCCAGUUCAAGUUCAAGUUCUGGGAUAUUUUCACUCAGAUUAUUUCAUCGAUAACAAACUGGUCGCUGAUUCUUUUAUUUGUUAAGAGUUAAUGAAUAAAUUUGACUCAAUUAGACUUAGAAUUAGACUCAAACGCUCCUUUGCUCACCCUGUACCACUGGUGAAAGUACGGUGGCCCUCAAGGACAAGAAGCUCCAGAAAUUCAUGAUUAAUAUGAUCCUCCGUUUGUCUCAUUUUCAGUCUUUUUGCUUUUGUUUUCUUACUCGAGCAAAUCUUGAAAGAUAGAUGUGUCCUUCAGCGUUUGGUUUGCACUGAUUUUAGCGCCGCCCCUCUUAUUGAUCAGAAUCAGAAAUACUUUGAUAAUUGCUUUUUGUUACAGUAACUUCAGUGCAAAUAAAGUAGAAAGAAAAGAUAAAUAAAUAGAUAUAGUAAGUAAAAAUAAAGAAAUAAUCAAAAUCAUAUCCUGUACAUGUGUAAGUCGAGUUUGAUCAUCUUUAAAGUGCCGCCAAGUGACUCAUCGUACACGUGUGGAAAAGGCUGAUCUAGUCAUUCAUCACCUGCACUUGUUGUUGUCGUACAUUUAGAAGCAUCUGCAAAAUUUUUUGUGACUUUUUAACCAGUUUUAGACUCUUUUCUGAUCUAUGAAGUUACUGAAAAAAACACUAAUCGGUCCUGAAACUAUGAUCCUUAAACACCGCGCAGGUUGUCAAAAUUGUGUCAGUUAUCAGGGUGCAAGUAAGAAGAGAAAGACGUCACCCUGCACUCAGAUAAAGCCGUUUUCCCGUUUUCUCGACCAUGAGAAUAAACAACCUUCAGUUGCGUCUCAUAAAUAUUUCUUCUGCUGUCGUUUCAAUGAUCCCAGAGUCGGUGAAUUUUCUCCACAAAGGACACCGUGUUUUUUAAAAUUAACGAUCCAGCCUCUAACUUGACAACCCCUCACAAUAGUCCACCUGCUGAGUGACGUCGAGACCCCGCAGGCUGCUCCGUCACCGUCGUCCUCAUUGUCUAACUCACCCCGAGCGUGCAUAACUCACAGAUGACAGUUAUUAGUCGCACGCUGACGGUGUUCCCGCCGUGCGUGUGUCUGCCUGUUUGCUCAAAAGUCGCAGGUAGAGACGUGCGAGUGUUGUGAAAGUGUUUUUGAGGGGUUUUUUUGUGACGAAGCGGCGGAUCAGCUGUCUUGUCUGCAGUCUGUAGUCGCCCCGGAGGCUCAGUGUGGGCAGAUCCACACGGGGAACAGAUGGUCAAUGACCGUGUGACGCGUUCAAUUGACUUUCUGACUCAGACGUGGAGGCUGGUCGGUGACACAGAGUCAAAUGUGUGAUGUGGCGAAAUGUAUUGAUUCCUGGGUGAGGUUGUGUACUUUUGAAAGGCUUACUAACAUGUGAGUUAAAGUACAUUUUUAUGUGAAGAAAAGCAGUAAAAAGACGAGUUUUACAAUCAUCUGAACAUACAGGAAGGGCGUCUCAGUCCAAACUCUGAAGAUGCAGCAGCUAAAACCAACCAUUUGUGCUGAUUUGUGUUUGUUUUGUUUUCGUUUGGCUCAACACGCUCUUUCUUUUUGUGUCCUCUCUCCUCAGAGUUACAGCGCCGUCUCCCUGGUAAGCCGAAAACAAAGAUUGAUAGCUCAGACGUGCAGCAAAGAUGGCCUCCGUCGCUCCGUUCAGCCGCAGACAGUGGGCGUCUCAGUCUCUGAGGGUCACCGCCAAGGAGCUGUCCAUCGUCUCCUCCCGGGGGAAAAACACCGCCAUCGCAGAGCGGUUCUCCAAGUGAGUCUAACCUCUCCUCCUCCUCCUCUCCUCCAGCUUCCUCCCUCCAUGAGUUUAAUAAUUCACAAGCAGCCACUCAGCAGAUUAUUUUAUCUCUCCUCUGCUCAUCGAACCCGAGGUCAUGGUCCUCCUCACAGCUGACUCAGUUUCCCCUUUUCUAUAAAAAAGUGACGAUCGCACCAUCAGAAACCAACCAGUUCCUCCAGUUUUGCCGAAGUCAUGUCUGUCUCAGAGUAAAACCGAAGCUAAGUCAUUGUGGAGGGUUUCCCCUUUGACAGAUCAGGUUACUUACGGGCCCUGAAGUCUAUCAGUCCUCUCUGCACUUACUCACUGUGACCACUAGGAGUUAGUCCUGCUCUAUGUGACCCUAAGACAGACUUUGUUUUCAGUUAUUAACCUCAAGAUUCAGGAGAAAUCAGGACAUUAGAUCCUGAUCUGUAUCUGUGAAUGAGAAGAGCAUGGAGUUAUCUUUAAAGCUGUAAAUGCACGGACUGUUAAAGUUGCAGCUUUUAAACCGUGUAAUUUAGGAGAAUAUUUCAAAAAGGGCUGGGCGAUAAACCAAAAAUUUACCGAUACUAAAAUUAACGACAAUUACAGAUGUCAUUUUGCCCAUAUUGGUAUAUUCAGUGUCAAUUUAUUUAUAUUCAGUGGAUUUUUAUCCGGUUUGAGAAAAAAAAGUAUUUGUUUUUAUUAUCUUGUGAAGUUUUUCCCACUUUUUACUCCGUCUGUUUGUUUGUUAUGGAAAUAAAAGGUAAAGAGAUGCGCAGGAUUACUGCUGCAGUAUCAGAAGUUAAAGAUAAAAGCUAAAAAAAAGAUAAUUGCAGAUAAUGAAAGCUUAAUAUUGAUUUGAGGGCCAUAUCGCCCAGCCCUAGUUUCAAAUAUCUAAAUCAAUAAAUUCAAACCUGGGUGUUUUAAAAACAACAGGGUUGUUUCUUCAGCUGCUUGACUGAUACCUACCACCUCGCAUCUGUUUGAGGCGUUAAAAAUGAUCAGAUAAAAAUCAUCAGGGGGACUAAUUUGCUUUUAUUUUUCAUAAUAAGGUGUCAAUUUGAAAUUUUGAGGGGAAAAAACUCCCUAUAGGAGCUUUAAACUAAAUAUAAACACUUAAAUACUUAAAAUGACAUUUCUAGCCGUGCUGCGCUCGACCUCCACAAAGAUAUUUCAAAGCGCCGUGAAGAGCUGAUAACUUUGACGGCCGUGAGAAGAAACUUGAGCUGUCUGCAAAAAUAUGUUUAGUAUGCAUCAGGAUGACUUUUUAAAAGAUUUGACUGUAGUUUAGAAAAGUGAAUUAUAAGAAGUUAGAGAACGGACAAAAUCAGAUCUGCGUUUGAGAGAAAGCAUCAUUUGCACAGGUGGUCAUGAUGUCACAGCUGGUCACCGACUGAAGUGAACCACACCAACAGGAAACACAUUUGCUAACAGUUAUUUUUAAGGCCUGAUGUGGCGGCUGAGUUAGUUUGAAGAGGCUCUACCCUUCAUAGACGACUUUAACUCAGAUUUUCCACAGCAAACAUUCACACUGAGCGACAGGUUUGAUAUUUAUCUAGUCGCAUACAUCAGGAGAAAAUUAAUCCAGAGACGAGGAGCGAAGAUUUGUCAGGAGGUGGCGCCAAAUUUAACCCUCAAAGUAGAUCACAAACAACAUCAGCAGAAGAGAAGGGGAAAGAAAAGCACAAAGACUUUUCCACAUGAGCCAAAAAUAAACUGAUGGUCCGUUUUAAUGAGAGGAGAAAUCAUAAACAUGUGGGUACGGAAACAAACGCGGUGAGCGCAACAGUGGAAGAAAUCCUGUCCACUUUGUUUACGAUGGCGAAAGAGUUCUUAAGAAAUACUGUCAGGCUGUAAACAAAAUAAUUUCCACAAAAACAAGAUUAAAAUUAAAAAAUAAAAGAGGAAGAAGAAGCAGAGAGUAAAGAGGCUGCACCUGCCGACCGUACCGACCGCUUUUCAAGUGAUGAAAUGGAAAAUAUAUAAAUUAAGAGGUCAGACGAGGUUUCUAUGGGGAGGAAAUAUGUCCAAUAAGAGGUCAGAUGUGGUGAAUAAAUGUAACCCGGUUUCUAUCAGGGUGCGUCAGAGUCUGUGUCACUGAGACCAGCUGAAGUCCUGGUGAUGAAACUCCUCUCGUGGGCUGAGGUUUUGGUCUCGUUCGGUGAAAUUUCCUGUCAGAGGGGAGUGUUGAGAAAGACCGAGGCUGUGGUCGAAGGUGAAAGACAACAGAGUCGUCUGGGUUUUUUUGUUUGAGUUUAGAAGCAGAGGUGGUCAAGAUCUAAAAUACACUAGAACCUCCUCCUCCUCCUCCUCCUCCAACGUGGGCUGAAGAUUUUCCACUCAGAUUAACGUCUCCAGAUGAAAUCAUGUGUUUUUUGGAGCUGGAAGAUUUCAUGUUAAUUUCCAGGGUGUGUUCGGCAGGAUGAGACAGGACCAGCAGUUUGUGAUGAUGAUAAUAAACGUUGUUCACUUCACAACUCGUCUCUUCUCUUUAACCUCAGGUACCAGAUGGCGGCGGAGGAGGGAAACGCAGAGAAGAAGAAACCGGUGAGCACCAAAUUUAACAAAACUACACGAGUAUGUUCUGCAUUCGCUGUGACUCUUAACACCACAAACUUAACGCACUUCCUCGAACUAAAAGAGAGUCACACAUCACUCGGCUGUGGUUUGGUGAGCUGAAGCGGCGCGUCGACGUUUCCGGCAAACAAACGAUGACUGUGACUUUAAAAGGAAAUCUAUCAAAGAGUGCAGAUGAAGAAAUGUAAAAUUAUGAAAUACAAAUAUAGACACAGGAUGUUCAGAUGAAAGCAGAUGCUGAUAACAGAUGCUGAAUGCAGCUGUUUGUGAAGGGGAAGCUCGACUGAGAGGUUAUAAAGUUUGAAACCUGCAGAGUCGCUCCUUUUUUAAAACUUUAACUUGAUUUUAAAGCAUGUUUUACUUAUUAAAUCCUUCAUUAUUAGGAGUGUUUAAAAGAGUUUAAUGCAGAUCAAACAUUGAGGAUCAUUUCCUCACACAGCAGAGCAGAGAGCAGAGUCGUAUCAGCCUGUACUGUCAUGCAGCAGCAGCGGUAACAGGAUGCCUCAGUCCCACCUGAUCUGAGUGGGAGGGAGUGUUAGAAAGCUCAGUGUGUGUGUGUGUGUGUGUGUGUGUGUGUGUGUGUGUGUGUGUGUGUGUGUGUGUGUGUGUGUGUGUGUGUGUGUGUGUGUGUGUGUGUGUAGAGGAGGGUGCAGGGUCAGAGCUCUUCUUCUUUACAGGCUGAGGUAGGUGUGGUGCAGCUCUAUCUUCUUCUUCUUUAUGUUGUUUUUUUAAAAUACUAACCACAGCAUUUGGUUACCGCUCGUCUGAAAUGUUGAAUUUUAACCAUGCGGUGAAUUUAAAGUGUUGAGGUGUGACUCUUUUCUAACUUUGUUCGGACAGCAAAUAGAGGAGAGAGUGGGGAGUGGCAUGCAGCUGAUAUGUGCAUCUCAAUGAGCACUUGAAAAGAGCGUGCAUAAAUGAAAAUGAAGAAGAUCAUGUUUUUUUGAGAUUAAACUCUGAACAUGUUGGAGAUUCUGACAACCAAACUCCAGUCUGUUAAAACUGGAUUUCAGGCAUAUAUUUCAGCUCUGAGUAAACCUCUGAUUCUGCAUCAUUAAUAUAAACAGUUUUCUUUAAACUCUCGUCUGUUUUGCUGCUACUUUCCCUGCAGUAUUCGUGUAACUCAGACAAACUCUUUUGUGCUCUUUGGAUCUCGAUCCUCUUGCAAAUAGAGUCAAAUUUGAAUAAAAUCACCGUCUUAGAUAACCUUUAAAUAAAGAUAACCUUUAGAUAAGUCUUUAAAUGUCUUCGAUCCAAUAAUCUGAAUUUAAGGCCUUCUAAAAUGUUUAAAAUUAUCUUAAAAACUCAUAAAAUGUCUUAAAUACAGAUUUGAAAGGUCUUAAAAACGUAUUAAUGUUAAUUGAUUUGAAGUAAGUUUGAAAUUUUAAGAUUUCCCUUCAUGCUUUUGUACUUUUUUUUUUUUGCCAUAAUAGAUGUAAAAUCCAUCUUAAAUUGUAUCAUCAUGGUCUUAAAGAAGUCAUAAAACGUCUAAAAUCCAGUAAUUUAAAUUUAAGGCCUUUUAAAAUGUCUAAAAAUUCUCUAAAAAACUCAUCAAAUGUCUCAAAUACUAAAUUGAAAGGUCUUAGAAAUGUAUUGAUGUUGAUUGAUUUUAAGCUAGUUUGAAAUUUUCAGAUUUCUCUUCAUGCUUUUGUACGUUUUUGCCAGUAUGGAUGUAAAAUGGAUCUUAAAUUGUAUCAUUAUGGUCUUAAAAAAUUCUUAAAAAGUCUUAAAAUUGACCUGUUUAAACCUGCAGAAACCCUGGUCUUUAUUUCACAUUAUUUGUAUUAAAAGGUGCUAUGAGAGUAAAGUGUUGUUGUUAUUAUAAUGAGGUUUAUGAUCCGGUUCAGUCUCGGUGAAAAGCGUCUCUCUUUAGUCGUCUGUUGAAGUCUCCUGCUCUCGCUGCUUUUACCUUUUUUCUCAUUUCCUGGUCGUAUUUUCCCUCCCUGACCCACCGCCCGAGCGAGCGAGCGAGCGACUGUCUCUGUUUCUGAUUUUCUCUCCCUCCCCGCCCCCUCACUCCCUCACUCACCCUCCCUCCCUCACCUCCCCCCUCUCUGUUUCCUCCCCUCUGUGUUGUAGGGGGUGGGCUUGUUACUUCAUGCUGCUCUGAUCACUUCUCAAGUCUUUCACAUCUGGGACAGCUUGCAGCGUUUCCAGCCGGCCAGCAGACACACACUCACACACUCACACACUCACACACACACUCACACACACACCUUCAGCGCACAACGCCAACUGGACAGCGGGGUCUCCAGCCUCUCCUCAGGUUUUUACGUCUUUACUUUGUCCUAAAGUUUCCCUCUUCCUGUCGGGUCUCCUGUAGAUCCAGGUUUACAGACCUGCAUGCCGAGCCGCUCUCUGCUCUUUGUCUUCUUGUCUUCUUGUUUGUUUCUCUCUUUUUUUCCUCUCACUGUUUAUCUACCUGAGAAAAGCGUUUGAUUUGCAGACAGAGAUCUGUGAGCGUGUGUAGACGGUGUUAUAUUUAGCCUUUUUCAGUUUCAUUCAGUAGUUGCUGCAUCGGGUGGCGUGAGUCCAGCAUCGAUGGAAUUCAUUGAGCAAACUAAAACCAGAUUGAGAGAGAGAGCGGCUGACAUCCCUCGGUGGGAGUCCUCUCUGACAAAGCUUUAGAAAAACUGAGUCACCAAACACAAACUGUUGGUGUGUGACUGUUUGUGGAGCCGCCAGUUUGUCCUCUUUUGUACUUAAAGUGCUCAUGCAUCUCAGGUCUUUGUAUAAACUCAGACUCUGUACAGUACAGCAGCAGGAUUCCUGUGUAGAUUAGUCAAGUUUAGCUGUUUAUGUAUCCGGUUUGAGAGGAAAAGAGUUUGUUUUUAUUAUCUUGUGAAGUUUCUCCCACUUUUUUCUCCGUCUGUGGACAUAAAAAGUAUAGAGAUGCUCAGGAUUACUGCUGCAGAAUCAGAAGUUAAAGAUAAAAGCUGAAAAAGCAAAUUGCAGAAAAUGAAAGUUUAACCUGCGCCAACAAUGAGCAGAUGUAUUUGAAACACACAGAUUACAAAUAGUCAUUUUUUUUAAAGCUGUUUAACAAAAUCAGCCCCAAUCAAGUGUCUUCAGCGUGGUGGACUAUGUCAGCGUCUGCUGGUUAAUAAUGAUCUGUAUCGGUGUCAGUAUCGGCCUCAUUGAUGGGACGUCCAGCUGUUCAGGGGGAGUUUAUUAAAUCCUUCAAAUGUCUGAGGUUUUGUAUGGAAGUUAAAGUUUGUGUAUCGUGGACUAACUGAGUUAGAAGUGUGUAAAAAAUGCGACUCCGCCUCGUGUAGUCGUGUCGUCUUUUUGGGGAUCAGAAUAUGGUCGCCCUCGUCUACAAAAUAUCUGAGAAUCCACUGAAGUAAAUUCAUGACCUCAAAGCAGAUUUAGUCUGGAAAAGUGUUCCAAAAAUUCAGAUUUGCAAACACUUGAAGUUCAAUGUUUUUGAAUCACUUAAGUCCUUUUUCUCUGUUUUAAAUGUUGCCUAAUUAAUUAGUUUGUGUUGAUUUUGGCGCCCCCUGUGGACCUCUAAUCUUCUCCUAAAUUUGUUCUCUACAUUUUUAAGUGAUAUUUUUUGUAAUUAAAGAAAAUCUCAUCUUGUUUUGUUAGUGUUGAGCGUUUUUGCUCUGAUAUGUAAACAAAAGCUUUAAAGAGCCAUUACCGUAUUUUCCAGACUAAGUCACAAACCCAGCCAAACUAUGAAAAAAGUACAACUUAUAGUCCGGAAAAUACGGUAAUCCUUUAAAUGACACCUACGCCUGACAGCAGUUUUAGGGAUUCAUAAUAUCUGUACAGAAAUGAUCAGUUAUCUUGUUUUAGGUCAUACAGAGACAUCAGUAUUUAAUUUUAGUGUUUUUAAAAAAACACUUACUGGAGCUUUAAGGUUCAACACUAUAUAAUUAAAGCUCCUGUGAGGAACUUUUACUCUGUGUCUGUUGUUUGGCGCCCCCCUGUGGACAAAACGGUCCUUCUCUGACACAUAUGUUUCAUCCAUUGUGAAAAUUUAAUGUCGUCAUUGUCAGAUACGCCUGUUUCAUCAGCUGUUCGGCUAACACUCCCCCCUCAUGACGGUUUCAGGGAUUAAAAAUCACAAAAUAAAAAUCCUUAAUCUUGUUUUUUUUGGUUUAUCUUCAGAGGACAUCGGCAUGAAUAUCUGUCCAUUUCAGAAACAUUAAAAAAACUUUAAAAUGCAGGUAUUUAUAAAAAUGCUAAAUAACGUUCACCUCGAUUUUGCACCCGUCUUUGUACCCUGAAUUAAAAACCUUUAACAGUAACUAACAGCUGAUUGAUUAUUUCUCUCUGCAGGUCGCUGAGCCUCUACCCCCGACCCUUCGCAGUGGAAACCUGAGUGUCCUCAAGAAACGUUGGGAACAACAGCAGCAGAAGUCCAGCAUCAGAUCCCAGCCUACAUCGACACCCUGCAGCCCUGCAGGACCCCACACCCCCACCAGUCAGUCAACAGUCACCAAACCUACACCCACAUCACACAUCCAGAGAGAGCCUCACACUCUGAGUACCAGCACACACUCUGAAGACCAGGAUCCUGAGCCGGAGACGCAGGUUCCCCCAGAGACCACCUUCAGCGAGCUUCAGUCAGCUGAGGAUCUGACAGACAUGGAGGAGAAACCCAGCAGAGAUUCGGAGGAGCAGGAGAGAGCAGGAGCCGAGGUGCCGGAGUCGGAGAGACCCAGCGUUCCUCUGAACAGCCUCAAGAUGAUGUUUGAGAAAGGAGAAAACCUCGCUGACAAAGUAAGUCCUCUCCUCUCAGUCCUGUUUUCUCCUGAUAAAUCCUGCAGACGUCAAGUAAAAAAACUCAAAAACAUGCAACUCUAAACACAAACAGUGAUGGAGACGUAUUCAGGAAUCCUCUGAUGGAGGCUUUCCUCGUGUCUGAACAGGAUCACAUUCUUUCAUCAGGCGUUCAUUUUCCUCCUUUUUAUGUGUUCGAUCAUGUCGGAAAGACUCCAGAAGCACAUCCAAAUAUCUGUAUGAAAAUCUGUACCAAUCUACGCUGCUUCUGAUUAGGGAGCUGGACGUGUCGAACGCGGUUAUUUGCAGAGAUGAAGUCUAUUUGAGAAGUGAUCGUCUUGACUAAUAAGGAUCAAUAACUAUCUCAAAGUUUAAGCAGUAAAAAGAAAUAGGUUUUCCUCGUAAAUCCUCAAACUUUGACGAUUAAUCGUUUUGUUUUUAACCACUAAAAGAAUUUAUGACCCCAAAACAAAUUGAGUCUGAAAAGUUGUUUCAAAUUUCAGAUUUCCAAACAUUUGUGGUUCCGUGCAAAACUAAAAAAAUGUUUAUUAAUCACAUAUAAAGUCCUUUCCUCUAUGUAUUUGUUUUAAAUGAUGACUAAUUGAUAAGUUUGCAUUGAUUUUGGCGCCCCCUGUGGACCUCUAAUCUUCUCCUAAAUUUGUUCUCUACAUUUUAAAGUGGUAUUUUUGUAAUUAAAGAGAAUUUUCGCUCUGAAAAUGUCAACAAAAGCUGUGAAAAAUGAGGAUAUUUGCAGAGAUGAAGUCUAUUUGAGAAGUGAUCGUUUUGACUACAAAUGAUCAAUAACUAUCUCAAAGUUUAGGAAGUGAAAAUAAACAGUUUUUUUCUCGUAAAUCCUCAAAUAUUUACUGAUUUAUUGUUUUGUUUUGUUUUCAAUCACUAAAAGAUUCGUCAACAGCUGCUUUAAGUCUUCAGAUCCGAUAGAGGUACUUUUAUCAGAGCCGAUCAGGCGAUUAGUUAUCGAUUAUCUUGAUUGAGAGUGAUUCUGGACUUUUCCGAGUCUGAGAUAACGAGCAGUGAGACAGGAACAGAGGGAGAUCCUGAUUAGUUUCGGUUUAAGUAAAAACAAUCAGCUUGUUCUCAAAGAGGUCAGACCCCUGCAGUGCUGGCAUACUGCGAGUCACAUGGUGCAGCUUCAGUUCACUAUCCUUCACCUCAGCGCACACACACACACACACACACACACACACACACACGCUCUCAGCUGACUCGCACAUCCUCUGGACAAGCAUCAGUAACCCGAGCCCUCUUUCAUGCCGCUGCGGGCUGCUAAUUGUUUUUUGUUGAGCAUAAAAGUCGGGUCCUUUAACGUCCAGUCAUGCAUUUCCUCGAGGCGUGUAAAAUGUAAAGUGCUCAUAAUCGAGGUGUGGCGUGUUGAAAGAGAAAAAACAGCGGCGCUGUGUUUCCUCCACACAAAGCGCUCUCUUGUUACAGGAAGAGGACUUUACAAACAGUUCUGAGGCUUCAAGAGGCAGACGGUCAGACCCAGACCGUUAGAUUUAAUGUCUCUUAUUCAUUUUACUGAGAAUAAACGUCUUUUCUCCAGUUUUAAGGUUAAUGCUGGUUCUGUAAGUGUGAAUAUCUUCAGGACUAGAUGCUGUGAAGAUAAAGAGGAUAUCAGAGAAGUUCAGAGAGCAGAUAUCAGCUCCUAAACUCAGAGCGAAAAAAAGCCACUCCUUGAAUAUUUCCUCAGAUUUCUGAUGUUCGAACACGCUCGUGUUCUUCCUGCCGGAGAAACAAGUUCGAACAUUUCCCUCUGAGCGAUCACUUCUGCUGUUUUCUCUUUAGAGGAUCAUGUUUUCUGCUUGUUUUUGCAAAUAUAGAUGAGAUUAAAGGUGGAGAAGGCAGGAAUCUGUUAAAGAAGCAUCUUAUUUUGUGGUUUUUAAACAAAAAAUCUUUUAAUAUCAGUCAAUAGUUAUUAGUUAUUGAUGAAAUUUGGUAAUAUAACAAUAUCUCUGUGUUCUCUUAUGUCUGUAUAGUCAACAUUUUCUCUUUCUGACUGUAAACAAAGCCGUUCUCCACCUCCUCUAACCUGAUUGGUUGUGAGGCAGACGCUGCUCCCCCGUGUCGUUCAGGAGCCCAAACAAAGUUAGCGUGCUACAAUAUCGGACAGUAGAAACCAACCAGAAAGUUCGGAAAAUUGUCUGAAUCCUCCUUUGGCCACGACUGCCGACACAAGCAAGAAAACAAAGUAAAUACCGGAGACUCUGGAGGAAUAACGGGCGCUUAAAACGGAGGUAGACCGGACAAGAGCUAAAAAGCCGGGUCAACAUAAACGAUGGGGGACGCUUGGGGAUCUUGGUGACCCUGUAACCUUUCUGCUGGACAGGUAAACCGCUUUAACAAAGUAAGACAAGUGUCUGUAACAGAAGUGUUUCUUGUCAAACGGACCUGCUGUAGCGUGUUGUAGCGCCAUCGCUAAACUGUCCUCCCUCGGGUCCUGGACUAUGUCACUUUAUCCUCGUUGUAGAAGUCCUGCAAACAUUGUGUUUGCUGGUAGUCUGUUGGCAUCUACAGUAGCACCAAUGCUUUUGACUUUCACCUUGACUGGGCCCCAUUUGUAAUGAUCUGAAGGAUUUAUCUGCGUGAGUGAAACUGUCACACUGUCGAGUCCUGUGAUAAAAGUAACAGGAUGGGCUAAAAUCCGACUUGUUCUUCGAGUCUGUUCUGGUUUUGCGGUUUAAUAGGGUCCAGUACCAACAAAGGAGGGACUCUGACCUCUUAAGUGAGAUCAGGGAGCGCUGCAGGGACAUCCUGAGGGACUUGGAGUCUCUUAUUGUUUGCUCUACACUCGUCCCCUAAAGGCUGAGUGGUUUGGAGGACCAGUACAGGAUCUUUACAGUCCUGCAGACACAGAGUCGAGGGGUUUGUACAAUCGUGUCCACUGUGAGUCUGAAAACGCCACAGAUCAGAUGAUGUCAUGGCGCAGGCUGGCGGGUUCAUCACUGCAGACAGCUGAUCCGCACUGGGAGCCUCUUCAGACCGUUUCCCCUAAAGCCAUCAAAGCCCCCCGUCCUCCCCUCCCACCUCAUCAAUCACCCCGUUGUCCACGUCUCCUCUGCUCCUCGGCUCUCAGACCGUCUCCUCUGUUUUCUCUCAAACCUCCCUUCACCUCCUCCUCUUCAUUCCUCUGCUCCUCUUCAAAGACCUCAAACCUCCUUUUUUUUAAAGUCGUACUAGUCUCCGGGGACCACAAAAUCAGACCUUCAGUCGAAACGCAACUUUGGUCUGGACUGAAAGACGUUUUUAAAGAGCAUAAUGAAUCAUACAACCUUUACACGGUUCGAUUACCAUGAAAGGUGUUACAGACAUUUAUGUCCCCCUCAGGACGGAUUAUUCGAACUCUGAAGCUCCGUUUACUUUAAUCGAUGCGUCCGAUUCCUUCAGAACUUUCUACAUACCUAAAAAAAACAAAACUCAUCUACCUCCAAACACAUCAUCUGGACUGAUCAAGUCUAUCGUUUUCUUAAUGCAUAAACUAAAGAGCGAAAUUUGUGAACUGAUAAAGAGUCGAUAAUAACGGAUAUCAAACCAACAACUAGGGCUGGAUGAUAUGUCCUCAAAUCAAUAUCACGGUAUAUUGAUCAGUUCACCUCGAUAACGAUAAAUGGACGAUAACUACUCCACAAGCUGAUCACCCCCUCCCACAUUAACUUUGUCUGUGAAGCAAAUAGCUAAGUGCUAAAAACUGCAGUUCCUCAAGUGUCCACUAGAGGCUGGCUCAGACAUUUCCAGUCUGGUACAAAAAUAGAUUCAAGUCUGUAAAGCUUAUUUCACUUCCUGCAGACACUCACAGGAGGAACAGAUGUUCAGUCCGCUUCAACGCCGCUUCUCUAUCUGCAGCUAACGUUACGUUCGAGUUACCUCAGAGGUCAGAUGUCAGAGCUGAAAAUGACGUCACACCCGAGUUGGAAAAAAGCCUUGCCUUAUAUUCGGACAAGGCAAGCGCUUAAAUAACUUUCGUAGAUGUAGUCAUCUUGUUUCCGCCUCCGAUUUUGCUUUUUUCUGACUUGGUAACUGAAACACUGGGAACUCAUGUGUGACGUAAUUUUCAGCUCCGACUUCUGACUUACGAGGAAACUUGAACGCAGCAUUAGUCCAGGUUUAGUCUCCAUUUCCAGUCUGCUAACUGCUAAUGAUCCUAAAGCUGCUUUUUCAGUUUUAUUUUUAAACUCGGAGCAGAAAUGAGAAAUUCACAAAUAUCUUUAAAUGUUUGUUAUUUAUAAAGUUUUUGUUUUUCUAUAUUUGUACAAACUUAAGUUAAUGAAUCGGGUCUGUCUGAAGUGGACUCACUCCAGAUUUUGUCUUGACUCUGUUUCUGCCUCCAGCCCGUGUUUAUGGUAACCCCCCUCCCCUCAUUAAGCCCCUCGCUGGGCGGGCGGAGCAGGCAGACAUCAGGCUCUCUGAAAUUAAUUGACCCCCAACCUCCUUUCCAGCAGACCCCUCCCUCCCUCCCUCCCUCCCUCUCGCCCACAGAGCUGCUCCUGCCUCCUUCUCCCCCCCUUCUGCACCAGCUGCUCCACCACCUCCCCUCCUGUCCCACCCUGUACGCCCCCUCCUCUUUAUUCUGACCGUGACACAGUAAAAAAAAAAAAAGACAAACCGCACACGCACAGAUGGAAAGAGGAGGGGUCACGCCAUGCCACACUUCGCCUCCCCCCUCCUCUCUCUCUCUCUCUCUCUCUCUCUGUGAUCCCCACCUUCAUCCGGCCGCACCCCCUUUUUGAACACCUGCUCCCUGUCGCCUCUCUGUUCCAGUUGACGCUCCCUCCUCCUCCUCCUCCUCUUCCUCCUCCUCCCUUAAACCAUCUCCAGAGGCUCUCCCACAUCUUUCCGGUCAGACGCUCCUCUCAGUCUGGACCUCUCUCUCUCCUCUUCUGGAUUAAUUCAUUCUCUCUCUUCGGAUUUGCUUCUCUUCCAUCUCUCCGCUCACUCGUCCGUCCCUCCUGGUCCUUUUUUCCUCCUCUUCCUGCACGAGCGCAGAGGUAGCUAUGGUGUUUCAUUCAUUUGCUCUCUUUGUUUGGCCUCUGAACAGGCAGCGGUUUCAUCGCCCUGAGACAGACGCUCUACUCUUACUUUCUGUUUGUGUUUUCGUCUUCCACUUCUCCGUGAGAGUCGGCUGAAAGCGUCCCUUUGAGACGAGCCGGCUGGAGUGAAAACAGCUGAACUUUAUCGGCGGCUCUUUUCAACUUUGUCGGCUCACUUUAGGAGGAAAAAUGACGCCACUUUGGUCUCGUUUUAAGGCUUGAACUCGUCUCUUUUCUGUCUUUGUUGUAAGUUGUGUGUUUGUGUGUGUGUUUGUGAGGACAGGGUGGAGUCAUUAAAAGGAACUGAAGUCAGCCGUCUGUCUAAAAGCGAGCUAUAAUAGUAUCAGGAUUAGCUGCAGGUUCUUUGUCUGAUCCGGGCUCCUGAGACUCGGUUUGGACCGGCUGCUUGUUUACAUCCCACUAACCCUCUUUGCACGUACACACACAUACAUGCAAAAACCGGCCUCAGACACCCCCUCCUCAACAAAGCUGCACCCUGGUCUCUGGAAGAUAAUCCACCCUUGGGGAUAAAACCGUCAUUAUGAUGAGGAGGAUGAUGAUGAUGAUGAUGAUGAGGAUGGUUUCUUUUGUGUCUCUGAUUCCAGACACGAGUCCUCCAACACUCUGAGUGUCUCGGUUCAGGUUCAGGAUCACUGUACGCUCUCAGAGAUAUAUAUUAUUCAUGACGGGAUGCUGACUCAGACUUCCAUGACAUCAUCCGAACAGGAAAUGACAGCUCGGGUUUUUUUUUUCGAUCUUUAAAUCGUCGAGUAUCUGAAAUGAUCAAUAUUUAAAAAAGGGUUUCCUUCUGUGCAGCGUUUCAUCGGAGCGUCUCAGUUUAUCGUCGAUAGUCUGAGUUCCUGUUAGUGUCUCAUUAUCGGAAAUCAACAAGUUUUACAAACACUCCGACAUUAAAGGGAUAUUUCCAGGUAAAGUGAAUUUAGGGUCAAACACACCGUAACACAGAGUCAGACACCCCCCCCCCAGAGAUGAAUGUUGUCGACCGCUUGAUUCUCUAGUUAUACCAACUUUAGUAACGACCACAGAUUCCUCUUUAUGACCUAAAGAACCAAACCACCUCAUUGUUUAAUUCUCAUAACCACAACGAGAGUGAAAAUCCUGCUACAGAAACUAUAACCUCUGUGAUUGUCAGAGAUCAGAGGUGAUGUUUUGUCCACAGGGGGCGCCAAAUUCAAGUAAAACCCAAAAGUCCUCACAGCAGCGUCACAACUGUAGUCUUCAUCACAGUACAGCCGAGGCCCCCUAGAGGCCAAGAACUACUUUUAUAAAAGUUAAAGAUACUGUUUAAACGUCCGCCUAAAAGUACUUUUAGUGAACUUUUAACUGAAAGGGACUUUUUUUUUUAAGUGAAACCUGAUGAGCGUCAGCUUGUCUGAAUAUUCUUGGAACGCCUUUUCUAGUUCUGCUUCACCUCCUCUUGUGAAAUCUUUCCUGCUGAAGCCUGUGGAGCGGAGCAGGUGUGUGUGUGUGUGUGUGUGUGUGUGUGUGUGUGUGUGAGAGCCGUGAGCGUUGUAGUCGUGAUCUGACCUGUCGUGUGAUUUUUAGAUUCGAUCAGAGGGAAGAAAUGUGUGACCUCAGGCGACCUGCAGAUGUUUUUAGUGUUUGGAUUUUGUUGCUGUAGGAGAGUUUAGCUUUGCUUAUAUAAGAAGCAGGUUUAUUUACACAUACUUUACCUACUGGGAAUUUGUCUUGGUGCUUCAAAUAAUUAACAUAGAUAACAAUAAUAGAAUAAUAAAUAAAAACAGGUAAAGCUAAUAUAGAAAUCUACAUAUUUUAAUAAAUCAUAGCUGUCAAAACAUCUUAUUUAGAAAAAGAUACAAGUACUAAAAAUAUAAAAACAUUUAUAAACCAAAAUCUAAACACAAAAUAUUAAUUUUUAAUAUUAAAUCUGCUUUUAUUUUGAAGGAGUGUCAGAUAUAAUCGCUUGAUUGUUAAAGCUCCUAUAAGGGAUUUUUAAUAUGUUAUCAAAUAGGCUGAAAUUUACUAUGAUGCAGCUCUAUAAUGUUCACAAACAAUUUAGAAACAGUCAGUUUUGCUGUUGAUGGUCUAAGUUGUAAUUUUAGGGGUCUGUAACUGACGUGGGGAGGGGGUUGUUACGUUGAAGGAACAGCCGUGGUUAUUUUGAUAAAUGUAAAUAUUAGCAGGGAUUGUUGAUGUCGGUGUAAAAAAGACAACAGAAGGAAUUUUUUAUCAACUAAAACUACUUUUACGAGACUGAGAGAAAACAAGCAAAACUAAACGUGUUACCAUUUUGUCCACAGGGGGCGCCAAAGAUGACACAGACAUAAUGUUCCUGACAGGAGCUUUAAAAUCUGAUUUUUCUUCCUCUUUCAGUUUAAAGUUUUUCAAGUUUUUAUAGAAAGUUAGCUCUAAAGUUUGAAAGUAUGAAUUAAGAGAGUCAGGACUAAAAUAAAGCCGAUAACUGAUCCUGGUAAAAAGUCAAAUUUGACGCAUAAAUAGUGAUUUUUUUAUUCAGUCACUAAACUCAAGUUCGUCUUUUCUCUCACAGCUGAAACUUUGUGGAGCUCACGGUCACACUCUCCUUAAAUCUGUCACAGCAGCUUCAUAUCUGAUCACUGUUAAUAAUUGGACCUCAGACUGACGUUGAAGACGGCGGUUAUCGUCCGCUCUGAUGCUCGGCUGCGGCGUCCAAAAGAAAUGAUUUGUUUUAUUUCUGACGGCUGUGGACAGACGGGUUAUCUGUCUGACGCUCCGUCUCUCUCUGAGCUCAUAAGGGGAUUAAAGUGGUGUGGGCUGGUCCAACACAAACUCACACACACGCGCACACACACACACACACUUACACACUUACACACUUACACACACUUUAUCUCAGCGGUUCGGUUUCGUCUGUGUGUUUCUCACUCGCCACACUUCGAUCUUCCUGAUGGACACUGCUGCUUCAAAUCUUUUGGCUCCACUGACCGAAACAUGUGAGCAUCAGAUGGCAGUGUGUGUGUUAAUGUGCGUGUGCGCGUGUGUGUUGGUGUGUGUGCGACACAUCCAAGCUGAUUUGUCAUGUCCAUUUGACGUGUGGUUAUCGCCUUGUGUGCUGGUUUCCACACCUCUGACUGUUUGCGUGUGUUUGUUUUUCUGUAGGCGUCCGGCGAGCCGACGAAUAGAGGAAACACUUCUGUCAACAUGGACCCGCUACUCGGAGGUCAGUAUCUCUAACCUGCGGCGUGUUUUUAUGAACAUUUAAAACCUUUUUAGACGUGAGCGAUGAGAGGUUAGAGAAGAACAUUUUUAAAACCUCGAAUCUUUUUAAAUAAACUCUUUAAUAUGAUCUAACUUUAAAGUUUAAGUGUUUCAGGAUAUUCUCCAGGUGUGGUUCACCUGCUCAGUAUCAAACAGCAGGUGGACGUUAACAUGUUAGAGGAUUGAGAAGCUAAACGAUCGGGCGUUUCUCACCUGAGCUGGCAGGCGGUUUAAUCAGAAAGUGAGAUAAAAGCUCAGCCCUACAUGUUUGUUUAAUUCAGAGUUUAAUGAUCAUUUAAUUUUAGUUUUUAUGGUUUAAUUCACAUUUUUAUGCUGCCUUCUCCUCGAUUGAUAAAGACAGAAGAGAGUGACGGGUUUUUGAUCCUGCUUCUUAUUAAACGAACAUAUAAAGAGUUUUUCUUUUACAUUUAAAUUAUAUAACAUGUUGUAAAACUUUCUGGGCAUGCUAAACGUCACAUUUUUAACUGUUUUCUUAAAAAGACUUCAUCAAAUUCGUCCUGCUUUUGUUCCUCAUGUCUCUCCUCUGUCAUCGUAACUGUUCAGAUGAGAAAUUAUAGAUAUAAUACUGAUAUUUAAAUGAGACAAUGACUCUGUUUCAGAUGCUUUUAGAGGGUAAAAAAAACCUCAUUAUAAAUAACUCAUAAAUAUAUAUAUAAUGCGCUAUAAUCCCGUUAUAGCACUGUACAACUAUAGCUAUAAACACUUAUUAAUGAUCAUAAUGCUUUAUAGCAAUAAUUAUAACACAUUAUAAAGUAUUUUAUCAUGACUUAGAAGGUCAGGUAGUAUAAUAUGUUCUGCUUGUUGUUAUAAAGCCUUAUGAUAAUUAAUGAAUGUUUAUAAUGACAGUUAUACAAGUUUAUAAGCACAUUAUAACACAUCAUAAAUAUAUGUGUAAUGUAUUAUCUCUGUGGUCAUUGUCAGUGACUUGUUAACAGUUAAAACACAUUUUAAUGUCUGACCUUGUGAGUCAUGAUAAAAUGCUUUAUACUGUGUUUAUAUUAUUUCUAUAAAGCAUUACGAUCAUUUAUGAGUGUUUAUAACUAUAGUUGUACAGUACUUUAACGUGAUUAUAACACAUAAUACAUAUAUUUAUAAUGCGUUUAUAGAGACAGGCGUCAAAUUAAGUGUUACCAAACUCUUAUAUUCAGGACAAUACAGUAAUUUUUAAGCAGCAGAGUGUGAAGGACUUCAUGGUUGAACAUUUACUCUGUUUGCGCUGACUCAAAUAUUCGAUGUGACGGCAUGUUUGAGGUGUGUAUUUUUCUGAAAACAUCGCUCCCUCUAGCUUUUAAACUCACUUUUUUCUGCUGUUGUUUCCUUUAAAACUUGAUAAUUUAUGACAUAAAUUUCCACAUCCUCUCUGGAUACUUUCGGUUUCUCCUGUUCGGUUUUUCCCAGCACAGAAAUAACAAUCGAGUAGAGGUGGAGAUGAUCCCACCACACCAAAUCUAAAACUAAAACUAAAAGUCGAAGGCAGCUGUCGCUCAGCUCGCUCCAUCUGCACACGCUCCAUUGUUCUCCGGGACUUUUCAACCAGCCACAAACAUUUUCCUCCAAACUUGUCGGGAUGGAUUACAUCCUUCCCAGAAGAGAAAAUCUCAGAGCGACAACACAGGCGGGCGAGAAAAAAAAAGAGCUGCUGUGAUCAGCAGACAGGAAAAGACAAACGCCUGUUUACCCGACGACUCUUGACCUCUGGUUCCUGUCCACGGCCUGCAUGACUAACCAGCACAUUCUGCACUCAGCGUGAACUGGGAGAUGUGGAAAACAUAAAUCUGUAUUAGGAGUAAUUUUCCUGGAAUAGAAACUCCCCCCAAACUUUCCCAGCAGUUAAUGAAGAAAUGUUAAUGCGGCGUUUUUACGAGUCGUCUAAAAUAAAGGUUUACAGAGACGAGAACGAGCUUCAGUCUGGAUCUUUACUCGGUUUUUCUCUUUUGUUCAUAUCAGAUGGAAGUCUCGCAGAGUCCACUCCUCUCAGGGACAGGAUGGCGCUCUAUCAGGCCGCCAUCUCCAAACAGGACGCCACUCCCACUUCAGUCAAUGUGAGUAGAUCUGCUAAUUAUCCUCCACAACAAAACACCAACCAAAGUUUAGAUAAGAACUACGAACGAGUCAAGCAUCAAAGGUGAUUAAAACCAGUUUAAGAGCGAUUAAAAUUACCGUAAAUCUUCAAAUAGAGGCGAAUAUUAAAAGGUAAAACAGAUAAAAGACAAAUUUCUGAGUUUAUGUUUUCUUCUUCAUCCAAAGUUAGAAUUCUUUCAUUGUCACUAACGAGUGUGCAGGUGUUUAUUCACGGCACUGGUUCUGUUUGAGGGAAACACCUAAAUUGGCUUGGACUGAGCUACAUCACAUGAUUCCAGCCAAUUAGGAGCGGGUAGCGUUUGAGCGCGGCCCAGCCUCAGCUGACAUCUCUCCCUCCAUCAUGUCCUCACCUGAGCGGAGCACACCUGCAUCAUGAAUGUGAUGAAAUUAGCCUCUGUGAUUAAGGCCGGACUCAUCCUCAGCCAGCAGCAGAUCCGGACUCACGCGGGCUCCUAUUCUGAGUCAGCGGGUCCAUGAUGAUGUGAGGGGGCGGAGCUUCAGAAUGAUUGAUUAGGUCGUUGUAAUAAGCAUUAAUAAACAGUUAAUAAGCCACUAAUAAGACCGUACAGAUGUUUAUAAAUGUUAAUUAAGUGUCAGGAAGUGGAUAAAAUUAAAAAAUAAAGUGUAGAUGUGAGCUACGAACAAGUCCAGCAUCAGAGAUGCGCAUCAGUUUAUGUGUAGAAAAGAGCGUUCAAAAUUACCGUAAAUCUUCAAAUAGAGACUCCUAAAGGAACAAUUAUACUGGGGAGCUGACAACGAAUAUCUAAAAGAGACUUUAAGUGUUUAUUUAAAUGACUAUAAAUGUUUUACUUUUAUUGAAAUCAUAACAACUUGAAUCAGAUGUGAUUUAACAUGAAUAAGACAAUAAAAGGUUAAAAUUAUUGCUAAAUAAGGAUGAUUUAAACCUCAUUAUUAACAGAUAACAGUGUUUGUUUUUGUUUGUUUUAAGAAAAAAAAACUUUUUUUAGCGAAUGCAGAAUAAAAUAAAAGCAAAUUAAUCUUUAAUUUACUCCUUUAAAGUCUAAUUAAUAUUAAUGAACAGUCUUUUGAUGUUAAUGACGGGUAUAAGGAGGGUUAUCAAGUUACUAAUGAGAGUUUGUUUUUAUAAACACUUAUUAAUGUUUAUGAGCAUCUAAUGAAGUCUUAUAAGUGGCUUAUUAACUGUUUAUUAAUGCCUUAAAAUAAAGUGGAAUAUAAUUUGAUGUUAGAUAUUUGAGUAUAAAUCCAAAUAUCUUCAUUUUUAUUUAAAUAAUUGUCUUUAAAACUUUAAAAUGUCUGUAACUUGAGGCUCAGACGAUGUUUUAUUUUAUUUAUUUCCGAGCCUGCGUGAUAAACUGAAGCGGCCGAGUUUGAGUCAUAAGUUGUCGUAAGCUUUUCUCAUGCUGGGAGGGUUUUAACAAAUCACAUUAUCGACUUGCUUCACAUGAAGGAAUUAAAGAUGCAGCGGCUAAAAAUCUGAUUAGUCCGAAUCAAACAGUGGAGUCAGGAAUAGAUCCUGUUUGAUCUACCUGGAAACUCCUGCAGCGGAGCUUUUGCACCUCUGUACGUUCAAGUGUGAGAGAACAACAGUGUGCAUCUAUGAAAACACAUCUACGGUGACAUAAACAGGACUGAAAGGAGAUCUUGUUUUUGUCUCUCAGAGCGAUCAGCUGGACGGUUUCUGUGGGAAGCAGAAGGAGAACGUUCCUCCCUGUUCUCUGGACCUGGUGAGUGAGGAGUCCACGAUCACAAACACCGCCUCUGAGAUGUACCGUUAAAACACGAGUCAGUAACGAGACGAAUCAUGUCCUCUGUUCUUCUUCUUCUAGAGUUUGGACUCUGAGCCGAACACCAGGAAAGUUUUUACUGCAGAGAGCAAUGGUGAGUCACUUUGAAUCUCUUUAAAUGGAAAAAACCCUGAAUUUUUCUCCUUUUAACUCAAACUUUAGGAUCUGUUUGUUAAUGUUGAAGACGCCAAAGUCACCAGAUUGGAUUAAACAUGAUAACGGCUCCCUCUAGUGUUCAGAACGCAUCACUGCAGCUUCACUCAGCUGAUUUUCUGCUUCCACAGGCUCCACCACAGGAACCCCGACAUCCUCCAGUCAGAGAGAGUCCUCCCAGACCAAGACCACCCCCAAAGUGAGUCUUCACUGCAGCUCCAAUCCUCCUCAUACAGAAGACAGUAUCUCGUAUUUUCUAAUUUAAUUAUUCUGUGUUUGUGUUUUUCAGGGUUUCCGGCUGCCAGCGAGGGAGACGUGCGUGUCCUGUUCGAAGACGGUCUAUCCUCUGGAGAGGCUGGUGGCCAAUCAGAGCGUCUACCACAGCUCGUGCUUCCGCUGCUCGCACUGCAACACCAAACUCAGGUGAGGACGUGAAGUCAGAAUGAAACUGAAGCUGCUUAAAGGAGGGGUGGUCAGGAUCUGAGGUAGUUCAGAUAAAACAUGACUCUAGUAUCUAAUUUAUGUUAAUGAAUGAUUUUGUAAAUUAAUAAAGAAAAACACAAACGGCACAAAUCAAGUCUGACCGUCUUUGAAAACUCUCUUCAGAGACUCUAAUCUCUAAUCCACCUCAUCGCUCUGUUUCCUCCCUCCUUCCUCGACUCUCGGCUCAGUGCUGCCCUCUUGUGCACCGGCUCAUAAAUCACACAUCUGUCAGAGCAACAAGUUAGUGAACAGAUGAUGCUGUUAGAUAAGAUUAGAGGUAUAACUUUGUCAGGAGGGGGCGCCAAAAUCAACAAAUGAGUCAGUUUUUGACUUUUGCUCGAAGUCUGACCCUCUGAACUUUUUAGUCGUUUUAACAUCGUCUCCUCCUCUUUCGUUUCUCCUCUCCUUCAGUUUGGCGAACUACGCCUCUCUGCACAACAACGUCUACUGCAAACCGCACUUCUGCCAGCUCUUCAAGGCCAAGGGGAACUACGACGAGGGUUUCGGACACAGACCCCACAAAGAGCUGUGGGAGAGCAAGGGGGACAGCGGAGAGACCUCCCCUCAGUCCAACGCCCAGACCAAACCAAAGACCCAGACUCCUGUCUCAGACCUGACCAGCCCGACCGUGGAGGACUCCCCGCUCGCUAAAGUCAACGUGCUGAUGGCCACCAUGGAGGCUCUGGGUCAGGGGUCAGCGGAGAAAGCGGAGAAGCCGGCCGAGACCCGCAGGCUGAAGAUCUCCUGGCCUCCUCGUGCGGAGCAGGAGGGGUCGCCCAAAGCCGCAGAGGGCGCCGCUACAAAACCCAUCAGAGCCAAGUGGCCCCCGGAGGACGAAUCCCCCUCCUCCGCCUCUGAGCACGCCAGAGAGACCGACUACACCCAACACACCUCCUCUCUGAAGGAGCGCAGUAAAGUCUUCACACUCGCAGGACGAUCCAGUCCUGAUCCUGAGCCCAGGAAGCAGAGUCCGCCUCCUCCUCAUGAGGACCUCCGCCACUCCAGCCCCGAACCCGCCUCCAUGGAGCUGCAGCCCCACUCCGCCGAGAGCCACACCCCCACCGAGGACAGCUGCGUGGACGUCCUCACCAGCUCGGGAGACGAGGAGCAGGAGGGCGAGAUGAAGAGCGGGAUGACUCCUGACACUCCUGAGCAUCAGCCUGAGGAGGAGGAGGAGGUGAUGGAGGAGGAGGAGGAGGAUGGAGGCAUGCUGGAGGAAGAGAUGGCGCCUCUGAAACGACAGGAGGCGCCGACAGACAUCUCCUCUCCUGAAGCGGAGGUGGAGGCGAGUCGGUCAUCUCAGGACGUGGGCUUCUGGGACAGCGAGGAGGUGGAUGACAAAGAGGAGGAGGAGCAGCAGCAGCAGGAGGUGCUGACGGUGGAGGAGAUGAUCAAACGGAACCGAUACUACGAGGAAGAGGACGAGGAGGACGUAUAAAAAACUGAUUUUAAGACGAAAGCAGCCAUGGACUCACAGACGACUUCACGCCAUUCCUUCUUUUUUAAACUUUUCUUCUUCUCCUCUUUAAAAAAAGUUGCUGCAGUGACCCUGAUCCACUCUGCUGAACUCUUAGUGCCUCUUUCAACUUCCCCGAACCUUCAGAGCCAUUCCUUCAGGACUGUCGAAGAACCUGAUCUGUUUUUAAUGUCAAUAUUUAAAUAAUUCCCCACGCAAUAAAUAUUUUUAGAGCAGAAGUGUUGGAAAAAAAAACACAGAGGACCAGUUUUAUUUUUGUGCACGUGACUUUUGUAAUUUUCUAAUUUCAUUGAACGCCUCCUAACCUGAACUGACACUUUUUAAAGGGCCCGUAAUUGUCCCACUUUGGUGGAUUAUCACCGCUGAUGUAGCUCUGGUCACGACAUGGUCUUUAAUGGAGAGAGGAAAAUUAAAGAAGACAUGCGGAGAGGCCUCUCUGUUUACUAGAAAAGAAAGAAAUUAAGAUAGCCCAGCACUUUGAACUGUUACCACUGUUGGUUAGUUUUUAACUGUGUUUAUGUCACUUUUCUUUACAGCUGCCAUUCUGUACGACGUACGUAUACAUGUAAACUCAAUAACACAAUUACGCUUCUUGUUUUUCUUUUGGAGAGUUAAAACUGGAUCGGAAUAAUGUACUGUUUUAAACCAUGGGACCAAAAAUCCUAGUUUGCUACUGUUUCAAUAAAUUGUUGUAUACAA